AUGGCAAAGGUUAUAAGAACGAGGUGGGUCUAUCGACCACAUGGAAGAUGGCAUCGGUAUUUGCCUAGGCGAAAUGACGGUAUAAAAGAGUUCGACUAUGAAAAAGGAGGGUCUUUGUCCGAAUUCAAGGCGGAGUUGAUGAGCCAGAGCUUUGAAGAGCCAAAGGCUGGACCAUCCAAGCUGUGGAUGGCAUGGUUAUAUCGCGAUCUUAGCGGAGAACCGAAAUGGACCAAAGCAAGAGUCAGCAAAUUAUUUGGCCCUGAUCCCAAGGUUGGACGUAUGGAAGUGUUUCCGAAUACGUCGGCAUACAAUGAGGAAUUGUGGCAUAUAAAACAUCUCAUCGAGCUGAAGCCGAUGACAUUUCCGAAUGGAGAGCCUACUGCUGAUGACAUUUAUGGUGUCAAGGUAACUUUCUUUAUCUUACCUACCGCUACGUCAUAG